AUGUUGCAUCUACAGUUGAUGUGUGAGAAUGAAAGUGCAACUCCUAGGGUAAAAGCGAAUGCAUACUCCCCUGGCCAGAGGCAUGCUGUCGAAGUAACUGAUCAUAAAACUCAUGGACCUGUUCCUGCACCUGGAUCUGUCGGUAUUGCUAAGGUUACCCAAGUGAUGGCGAAAACUGCUUUUGCUGGUAUUAUGUGUAUUGGACAGAAGUUUGUUUGUGAAAAAUAUACCUGUAUCAUUAGGCACAAAGAUGUUAUGGCAACUGAGAUUGAUAAAGUAUACAUGCACUUAUCUUUUCGUUCUGGUGACAUUGUUGAAGCUCUUGUGCUUUCACUUGGAGAUGCACGAACGUACUUUCUGACAACUGCAAAGAAUGAGCUUGGUGUUGUUUCUGCAGAAAGCACUGCUGGUGCAACUAUGGUGCCAAUAAGUGAGACUGAGAUGUCGUGUCCACUAUCUGGUCAAAGUGAACAGAGAAAAGUGGAAAAACAACAAAUGAAAUGCGAAAACAAAAAAUCAGAACACAACUGCAGCUGA